AUGGUGAAACAGAGGCUCAACGAGUUACCAGAUGAACUGAUCGUGACGAUACUCUCAAUGCUUCCGACGUUUAAAGAAAGCGUCGCAACACGUCUCAUAUCAAAACGGUACGAGGAUCCCUGGAAACUUGCGCCGGACGUCACACUUGAAGAUGAUGACGAGGAGAGUGUCAUGACGUUUCUCUAUGGAUCUUUGUUGUCAAAAGAUUCUCCAAUCCUAGACAAGUUGCAUCUCAAGCUUACCAAGAACCAUUCUGCUUCAGCAAUAGACUUUUGGGUUCAAACCGCGGUUAACCGAAACGUGAGAAAGCUGAGAUUCGACUUGUUUGGUGGAACCCUAGAACUGCCCAAUUGUUUGAGUACAUGCACAACCCUAAAAUCGUUGAUACUACGUGAAGUAAGUAUCAAGGUUGUUCCAGACCGGUUUAGUUUGCCAUCUCUCAAAAGUCUACACCUUUUCUCGGUUAAUUUCUCGAACUACCAAUCUGUUCCAUCUCUUUUAAAAACCUGCCCCCAUCUUGAAUAUUUGGUUAUAAACCAAACCAGUUAUGUUACAUAUGAUGGUGAGUCUGCUCCCCUUUGGUUCUACUUAUCAUCACUCAAAAGUCUACACCUUUGCUCGGUUAUAUUCUCUGGCAGUCAUUCUCUUACACGUCUUUUACGAAGUUGUCGGGUUCUUAAAUCUUUGGUUAUAAACCAAACCAAAUGUGACUACGAGAUGUUCGAGGUUGUUUUUCCACCUUGGUCUGGUCUGUCAACAAUCAAAACUCUACACCUUUCUUCGGUCAACUUCUCGAGUGAUGAAUCUGUUGAAAAGCUUUUAGAAAGUUGUAAGGCUCUUGAAGACUUGGUCAUAACCCGAACCAAAGAUGACAAUGUGUCGUUAUUUAAUAUCACUGUGCCUACUCUCAAGAGCUUAUCUAUCAAUAACGUGAAAGUGAAAGGGGAUGAUGCUACUGGGUUUGUAAUAAAUGCUCCUGCUUUAGAGAGAUUGAACAUUAAGGAUACAGUCAGUGACUAUCUAAUGUUUUAUCAUAUGCCCGAGGUGACCACGGCCAGUAUUGAGGUGGUUUGUGACCAAUCUGAGAAUCUUGUAGGAUCUCUUACCUUCAUCCAACAUCUGUCUCUCUGCUCUCCAAUUUCAACUCCAUAUAUUAGUGGGGCUGUCUUCUUCUUUCUUGAACAUCUAGAGCUAUGUACAUGUUCUGCUAUUUGGGCGAAUCUACUUGGCUCUAUACUCAAUGACGCUCCAAGACUUCAAUCUAUCAAGCUUAUGUCGAAAUGUAGUGGUCGUUUCAAGCGUCCAAUGGAACUCUGGACCACACCAACAGUUGUUCCGGAAUGUUUACUGAAGCAUCUUGAGAUGUUUGAAUGGAGAGAAUAUGAUGGCACAGAGCAAGAGAGGAAAGUGGCUGCCUACAUACUAGGAAACGCUACUUGUCUAAAGAUGGCGACAUUCUCAACAAGUUGUAGAGACAAGUACACAGUGUUGCAGAAAAUGUCCAGGGUUUCAGAGAUAUGCCGGUUAGAGUUUGAGUAA